GUUUCUAUGAUUUUAUAACAGAGACUACACCGUUUCUCAGAGAAACAGCCAACAAUCUGGUGAGAAUUUGUUAAUUCUGUCAGCUACAAACAUCUGUGUCUUUACCAGCAGUCGUGGUGGUGACGGCCGUUGAUCUCUGGAUUAAGCAACUUUCUGCUACUUGGUUGAUCAAGGAUUCAAAUUCCAGGCCGAAAAAGAAGUAUGAUGUCUUUGAGCAGGACGAGCAGUCCACUUUGUCUACAACGACAAAACUAAGUUGAAUACCUGCUGGAAGCUCAACAAGAUGAGAAGUCCAGAGGAGGAGGAGGAAGCACAGUCGUCCACAUUCAGAUGGGAGCUGAUGAAGAACGACCUGUCUAAAGAUGGACCUCCACAUUUCAGAACUGAACCUGGAGACUCUGCUUCAAAAGGUCAGCAGGUCUUCCAGAGAGUCCAGACUUUGACAUCCAGCUGUGAGUCCACGAAAAGUGAUCAGUCCAAAAACUGGGUUCCACAUUUCAGUCAUGAACCUGGACGUUCUGACUCAAAAGGUCCGCAGCUCAAGCAGAAAGUUCAGUCUUCAGGCUCCAUCUGUUGGUCCAUGAAGAGUGAUCAGUCCAAAAACUGGGUUCCACAUUUCAGUCAUGAACCUGGAGCUUCCCACUCAAACAAAAGAAUCCCUGAAAGUUGUGAUAAGGAGGCGAUGUCCCAUUGUGGUUUGGGUCGGGACGUCCUGAAGGAUCCAGUCUCUAAAAGCUGUGGAUCCAGGUUCUGCAGACAGUGCACCAUCUUAUGCUGGAACAUCACAGAACCUUUAGAUGAACAUCAGAUCAGUGUGAGGAAGAGGUGUGAAUAUGUGACUGAAGAAACCAAUAAAACAGGAGGAAGAACUCCUCUCAACAGGAUCUACACUGAGCUCUACAUCACAGAGGGACUGAGAGAAGAAGUUCAUACCCAACAUGAGGUCUGGCAACUGGAGACAAUCUCCUGGAACAACUUGCUCCACAAUGCUCCAAUCAGGUGCCAAGAUAUCUUCGAGGCUUUAACUGACCAACAUGGAUCCAUCAGAGUGGUUCUGACUAUUGGCAUCGCUGGAAUUGGAAAAACCUUCUCAGUGCAGAAGUUCACUCUGGACUGGGCCGAGGGCUUGGAGAACCAAGACAUCAGUGCUGUGGUUCCUCUGUCAUUCAGGGAGAUGAACUUGAUCAGAGAUGAGCAGCACAGUCUUCUCACUCUCAUCCAACGUUUCCAUCCAACCUUCCAGAAGAUCCCAGCAGAGCAGCUGUCUGUCUGGAAACUUCUCUUCAUAUUUGAUGGUCUGGAUGAAAGCAGACUUUCUCUGGACUUCAACAACAGUCAGGUGGUGUCUGAUGUCACUCAGAAGUCAUCAAUCAAUGUUCUUCUGACAAACCUCAUCCAGGGACGUCUGCUUCCCUCAGCUCUGGUCUGGAUCACUUCCAGACCUGCAGCAGCCAAUCAGAUCCCUCCUUCAUGUGUCUCCAGGGUAACAGAAGUACGAGGCUUCACUGACUCCCAGAAGGAGGAGUACUUCAGGAAGAGAUUCAGUGAUGAAGAUCUGUCCAGCAGAAUCAUCUCCCACAUCAAGGCCUCCAAGAGUCUCUUCAUCAUGUGUGAAGUUCCAAUCUUCUGCUGGAUCACUGCUGUGGUUCUGGAGAACAUGUUCACCGCAAAACAGUUAGAAGAGCUUCCUAAGACCCUGACUGACAUGUACUCUCACUUCCUGAUGGUCCAGACAAAGAGGAAGAAGAACAAAUACCAGCAGGAACAUGAGGAGAAUCCACAGGAGCUGACAGAGGCUGACAUGGAAGUUCUUCUGAAGCUGGGGAGGCUGGCAUUUGAACAUCUGGAGAAAGGAAACAUCAUGUUCUACCAAGAAGAUCUGGAGCAGUGUGGUCUGGAUGUCACAGAGGCUUCUUUGUACUCAGGAGUUUGUACAAAGAUCUUCAGAAGAGAGUGUGGGAUCUUCCAGAAACCCGUCUACUGCUUUGUUCAUCUGAGUGUUCAGGAGUUUCUGGCUGCUGUUUACAUGAUCCACUGUUACAACAACAAGACAGAGGUGAUACAGAAUCUCCUGAAGAUUCAAACAAACAUCUCUACUCUAGACGAGUUUCUUAGUAGGAUCAUGAAGAAAUCCCUGCAGAGUCAAACUGGUCACCUGGAUCUGUUUGUUCGUUUUCUUCAUGGUCUCUCAGUGGAGUCCAACCAGAGACUCUUGGGAAGUCUGCUGGGUCAGACGGAGAACAGUCCAGAAAUUAUCCAGAGAAUCAUCAACAACCUGAAGGAAAUGAAGGCGAAUGACAUGUCUCCUGACAGAAGCAUCAACAUCUUCCACUGUCUGAUGGAGAUGAAGGACCUCUCAGUUCAUCAGGAGAUCCAAGAGUUCCUGAAGUCUGAGAACCGAUCAGAGAAUGAACUUUCAGAGAUCCACUGCUCAGCUUUGGCAUACAUGCUGCAGAUGUCAGAGGAGAUUCAAGAAGAGUUGGACUUGGACAAGUACAACACAACCUUUGAGGGUCGGUGGAGACUGAUUCCAGCCGUUAGGAAUUGCAGAAGGUUUCGGCUUGGGGAUGUGUUGAAACCUUCUGAAGACGAUGAGAACAGAUAUGAACUCUCAGACGCUGACUGUGAAGCCGUGGGAUCCGCUCUGAAAUCCAAGCACUCCCUUUUGACAGAGUUGGACCUGAGUGGGACCAUGCUGCAGGAGUCAGCAGUGAAGGUUCUGUCUGCUGGACUGGAGAGUCCAAACUGCAAACUAGAGAUUUUAAGGUUGGAGAAAUGUAGUUUGCCAAAGAGCAGCUGUGAGGUUCUGAUCUCAGCGUUGAAGUCCAACCCGUCCAACCUGACAGAACUGGUCCUGAGCUGGAAUGAAAACCUGCAGGAUUCAGGCGUGAAGCAUCUGUGUGGAUUUCUAGGGAGUCCAAACAGCAGACUUAAGACUCUAAGGUUAUGGAGCUGCAGUCUGUCAGAGAUCAGCUGUGCUGCUCUGGGCUCAGCUCUGAAGUCGAACCCGUCCUCUCUGACAGAACUGGUCUUGAGCUGGAACGACCUCCAGGAUGCAGGAGUUCUUCAUCUGUGUGGUUUUCUGGAGAGUCCUCGCUGCAGACUGAGGACUUUGAGGCUGGAGAACUGCCGCCUGUCCCAGGUCAGCUGUGAUGCUCUGGUCUCAGCUCUGAAGGCUAACCCCUCCCACUUGAUGGAACUGGACCUGAAGCUAAAUCACCUGCAGGAGGAAGACGUUCAGCAGCUUCUUCAUCUGAUGAAGAGUCCCGACUGCAAACUGGAGACUCUGACAUGGAAGUAAACAGAAUCUUGAAGAAAACGUCGAGCUUCCUGUUUGAAACCCUCAACUUACCUUACAGACAAGAAAAAGUGAUGGAGGAAGAAAAUCCUCUUGUGAUCUGACUUUAGUCUGCAGAAUUUUUAAAUACUUUAUAUUAUAUUUUUAUGAUCUGUUCUUCCCUGAGAUCCUUAUGAUGUGUUGUCAGAAAACUGCAGCUACAGUGAAAUUGUCCUUGAAAAAAUUCUCUACUAAAUAUGUUUUUCUGUUUAUGCUUCAUAGUAUUUUUGCAAAAAGUGUAAAAAAUGUUUCACCAUUAGUUAGAAAAUUAAUAAAAACCUUUUUUAACAGUUUUAAGAGGAGAUGUUGUUGCUUUUAUUGUGAAAACGGCUGAAUAUUUGAGAUUAUGUGUUUGAAUUUUUGUUUUUAAACAACUAUCCCGCUGAAACUUAUGUUUUCCCUUUAAAAUUGUAAUGUUUGUUUACUUGUGUUCUCCUUGUGCAUCUGUGGGUUUUCUCCAGACACUCUGGUUUCCUCCCACUGUCCAAAAACAUCCUUUUAUUGGUUAAUUUAAGACUCUAAAUCAUUCCUAGGUGUGAACGUGAGUGUGUGGGUAUAUGAGACAAAUGAGCAUCCUACGCAGCGGGAACCCCGCCUUCUCCCAGCAGGAUUGGCUCCAGCAGCCUUAAGGGUCCUGAAAAAGAUCUAGUGGGUUUGGAAAAUUAUUGGAUGGAUGUUUCUUAAUAUCUGAUUUAAUUCUGUUUUCCAGUAACAUAUUGCAUAAUUGGGUGAAGUCUCUGAAUCUACAAUAAGUUGACUUGACUGAGACUGAGAUUUGAUAAUAAAAUAAAAAAAAUUUCUCACUGCCUGGUA